AUGGUGCAGCUAGAGUAUCAACCCGAUGCGGCGGGACAGGAAAGCUACAUUCUCUGUGCCGACUGUGGUACCGUCAUCUCCAGUGCCAACGGCGCCGGUCUUUGUGUCGGAUGUCUGAGAAAUACUGUGGAUAUUACGGAAGGUAUUCCUAAAGAGUCUUCCUUGAACUUCUGUCGAGGGUGUGAGCGAUUCUUGUCGCCUCCCAACUCUUGGGUCACCGUCCAGCCCGAGUCUCGAGAGUUGCUUGCCAUCUGUCUCAAAAAGAUUGCUCGACCCUUGAUGAAAGUCCGUCUCAUCGACGCCUCCUUCAUCUGGACCGAACCCCACUCCCGACGUAUCAAGAUCAAAAUCACCAUCCAGAAAGAAGUCCUCGCCCACACUGUUCUUCAGCAGACUUUUGAGCUUACGCUCGUGGUGCAAACGGGACAGUGCCCUGCGUGUACGAGACUGGCGGCGAAGAAUACGUGGAAGGCGAGUGUGCAGGUUAGGCAGAAGGUUACGCACAAGAGGACUUUCUUGUGGUUGGAGCAAUUGAUCUUGAAGCACAAUGCGCACAAGGACACUGUCAACAUUGCGGAGAAGAGAGAUGGUCUGGACUUCUUCUACACUGAACGAAACAAUGCCAUCAGGAUGUGCGAUUUCCUCGCCAGCGUCGUUCCUAUCAGGAUCAAGGCUUCCGAGCAAUUGAUCUCUUCCGACACCCACUCCAACACUUCCAACUACAAGUUCACCUACUCUGUUGAAAUUGUUUCAGUGUGUAAAGACGACCUGGUCUGCAUUCCUCGCAACCUCGCCCGAUCAUGGGGUAACAUCUCCCCCCUGACGCUCUGUUCCCGUAUCGGCAACACCAUCCACCUUCUCGACCCCAUGACUCUCCAACAAACCGACGUCACCGCCCCCGUCUACUGGCGCCAGCCCUUCGACUCUCUCUGUACCGUCACCGACCUCGUCGAAUUCAUCGUCCUCGACGUCGAGCCCUCUGGUCCUGUCCGGGGCAAGUACGUCCUCGCCGACGCGCAGGUGACUCGGUCGAGCUACAAGGGUGCGGGCGACGAUGCCAACGACGACGGGAUCUACCACACCCGAACCCACCUCGGCGCCAUCAUCCAGCCCGGAGACACGGUGCUCGGCUUCCACCUGACACACACCAACUUUAAUUCCGAGUCUUUCGAGUCGCUCGAGCAGGGCCGGAUCCCCGAUGUCAUACUCGUCAAAAAGACGUACCCCAACCGAAGAAAGAAGUCCAAGGCGAGGAACUGGAAAUUGCGCUCGAUCGCCAAGGAGGCGGAGGAUGUGGCGGAGGGUACGGUUGGACGUGGUGCGUUGGGUAGGAAGGGUGGUGUGGACGCGAGGAAUGUGGAGAGGGAUUACGAGCUGUUCUUGCGGGAUCUUGAAGAAGACAGGGAGAUGCGUAGUGCGAUCAACCUGUACAAGGCUGAGGCGCAGGAGCAGGCGCAAGCGCAGGAGGGUGAGCAGGGUGAGCAGGAUGAGGACGAGGCGAUGGCCGGCGACAAGAAGUCUGGCUCUGGCAUGAGGGGAGGCAAGAGAAGACAGGGCCUGGCCAAGCAAGCCGCCGAGAGUGCCAUGGAUAUGGACGGCGAUGAGCAGAUGGGCGGUGAAGGUGAAGAAGAUGAAGAGGAGGAGGAAGACUUCCCCGAGAUCGACAUGGACGAGCUGCUUGAGCAAUUCGAAGAGAUGGGCGUGGCAGAAAAUGAGGAGCCUCAGUUCGGAUGGGAUUAA